UAAGUAAAGCCCAGCUUGAUUUGUUUUUAUUUCGUAAAAUGCUCUAUGACGACGUCGUCGUUAGUAACGUUUCCUCUCAGUCUCGACAAUGGCGACGGAGUCGCCGAGUUCCGUUCGGAAAAUCGUUGUUCAUCUAAGAGCUACUGGCGGUGCUCCAAUACUGAAACGAGAUAAGUUCAAGAUUUCAGGGACGGAUAAGUUUGCUAAAGUGAUUGACUUUCUAGGAAGGCAGCUUCACUCUGACUCAUUGUUUGUGUAUGUAAACAGUGCUUUCUCGCCAAACCCUGAUGAAUCAGUAAUUGAUCUAUACAAUAACUUUGGGAUAGAUGGGAAACUGGUGGUGAACUAUGCUUGUUCCAUGGCAUGGGGAUAAAAAAAACCACCAAAUGAUCAAGCUCUGAGUAUGAAGUUGGCAUCUAAUGUAGUCGAUGUCCAAUUGAUGAUACUGCUAAGCUGCUGCUACUUUGUUUGAUGAUAGAAAAUGUGGCUGGAAACUUGUUUGUACAUUCAUAGGAAAAUGGCUUUUUUUCAUAUCUCUUCUCACCCGAAAUCUAGAUAACAAAAUGCAACGAUUUCAGCUGUGAUCCUCUCAAUCAUAUAAUAAAUCUAACUGGUUGAUACUUGACGACA